GUAGAAGUCGCAGCGCUACGCACACCGCGAUCGAGAAAAAUAAACACGCGCAAAAAGUCACCUGUGAUUUUGUUUGGUAGAGACUGAAGGUGCCAACGUGUGAUGUGCGGUUUUUAGAGUGCCUUGCCAGUGCCAAACAUGGAUAAGAGUUUUGGAUAAUUUGUGAGAAUAUUUGUGGAAUUAUUUGUGAUAGCUUAUAAUGGAUGAGGCGUCGGUUGGGGUGCCGAAUGCCAUCAACCGAAGCGACCUGGACGGAGAAGAGCUGCUUUUUGAACCACUGGAAAGUUUCUUCAAUGGAAAUUUUCUACCGCCGCCGCCUCGGCCAUUUUUUCUCGACGAAACCGCCACCCCAGAUGGCCUCACCACCUGUGAUCUAUGCUCGUGGGCAUGGCAGAAUAGCAAUUCCAUUUUCACCCUUGAAAAGGCCAUCGGUAAGAAUGAAACCUCAGGAGAACUAGGAUGGGUCUUAACGUUAGUUAUAGUUUCUCUAGUGUCAGCUUUAAUAGGAGCAAUAAUUAUGAUAAUAGUUUUACAUUGUCGAAGGUUAAAACAUUCGGAAACAAAUGAAACCGAAAGAGGCAGCAUACCAAUGCAAAGACACCCGAGCCUGAGGCCGCCCAUAAGCACCCCGGACGACAAAACAAUAAGCACCAUAACCCCCGCCACGUUCCCCAACGUCCCCAGCGCCCCCAACGCCAACUCCGGCGUUUGGUCGUGGCUAUCUAGACGCAGCGUAACCACCCCCUCCCAACUGGACAACCCGCCGUCGUUCCCGGCGGAAAACCACUACACCCACAUGGAGGACUCGUACAACACGGUCGGCGAAGCCUUGUACGCGGAGCUAGACAGAGACAGCAACAGCCCCGCCUAUCAGAACUCGGCGUACACUGAUCCGGACGCGCAGCAGUCCAGCGCGCCGAGCAGCGCCUACUACUCGGAUCUGUCGGUCACGACCGUGCCCGAGCGCGCCUACGAAGUCGUCGGUUUGGUCACCAUGACGCCCUGGGACAGUAAUUGUGCUAACAGUUUUGAGCUGCGCAGGCCCAGUGCGCGUUUGGCCGCCAUAAGUGAGAAUGUCACAGUGCCCUCGGACUAUGUGUGAGAAGUGUAGUUUUAAAUAAAUCAUUGUAUAUUUGUACAUAUAUUUUUAUUUAUAAUGUAAAAUCUUGCCCCAUACGGUAAAGUUCGUUAUUUUUUUACUGAAGGACUUUCUUGUAAAAUUUGAUUUGGUUUAAAAACCUAAACGUUGCAAUAUUGUAAAUACUAUACUUUAGGAAGGUUCUACUUCCAUUAAAAAUGUCAUUGCCUCAUAAAUUUAAUUUGUGAGCCUAGAUGAUUAGUGUGAUAUAAGUAUAUUUAAGCAGUAUGUUUUAUAAUAUGCAUUUAAUGUUG